AUGAAGCUAAGUGAGUCGAGAGGCGAAGCAGAGAAGCACAAGAGACGACAACAUUUCGACCACGAGCUUAAGAACAUGAUCUCCUCGUUAACCCACAUGGGAGCAGAGAAGGCAGGACCAAGCCACUACGAGGAAGAGGACAAGGAGGAAGAUGGCGUGAGAGUCAUCACGCUUUCUGGAUCCAACCAAGGAGCCACCAUGAAGACCGAGCUUGACGACAAUCAUGAAGAUCAUCGCAACAACAGAAACGGCGGGCACGAGCUUGAUUUCCUGACAACCUUUGUUAAUAGCAACUUUCAAGCUGUGAACAACUCGAUAAUGAUGGGGGCCAAGUACGAGACUCAUGAUCCAGGUGUUCAUCUUGACAUCUUAGGCGAUGUGGAGAAACCUUCGAUGAAGGCACCUGCGAAGGAGACAAGGGGAAAGAAGGUGAAAACUCCUGCAAGAAGUGAUCGUCGAGAAUCUGAACAUACAGAAUGA